AUGUCCUGUCGUUAUCUGACAUAUGAAUUAUUUGGUCUUCAAGGUUAUAAACCAACAUCAGAACAAUGUCAAGUGGAAUUUGAAACACCAAAAAAGUACUCAACUGGCUCUUACUCAUUACCAGUCUUUGUAUCGCUCAUUGAUAUCAACGACGAUAACAGAUCGGAUAUAAGUGUGGCUAAUCAAAAUGCAAACAACAUUGGUAUUUUCUUCAACGUUCAAGGUAAUUAUUUUUCUGAGCAAGUAACUCACUCAAGUGGAUAUACUGGACAUGAAUCAGGUCCACAAUAUAUAUCAGUCGUUGACGUCAAUGAUGACGAUAAACCAGAUAUUAUUGUUGCAAACAAGGGAGACAAUAGUGUUGGUGUUUUGUUCAAUUAUGGCUCUGGUCUUUUUGACACCAAAGCUUAUGAAACUGGAACCGAAACAUAUCCAUCAGGAGUUGCAGUGGUUGAUGUUAAUAACGAUAAAAAACCCGAUAUUAUCGUGACAAACCAAAAUACGAACACUAUCGGUGUUUUUCUACGCUCUGGUCCUGGUCAAUUCCCGUCUCAGCACCUUUACCGGGUUCCGCAUAGUUUCGGCGUCACGUAUCCGCAAGUAGUGGAUGUCAAUGGCGAUACUCAUCCUGAUAUUAUUGUCGCAAAUCCUGGUGGAGCUUGUGUUGGUAUUUUCUUUAAUUUCGGUAAUGGAACAUUUGUUUCUUGGACAACAUUUUCAACUGGAUUCGAUUCACAACCAAACUCUGUAUUUGUGGCUGAUGUGAAUGAUGAUAAUAAACCUGAUCUGAUUGUGGGUAACUUUAAAGCGAGUAAUGUUGGCGUUCUUCUCAAUGCUGGCAAUGGUAAAUUUCUUAAUCAAACAAUAUAUUCAACUGGGCUCAACUCACAACCACUAUCGGUGUUUGUGGUUGAUAUAAACUGCGACAACAAGCCUGACAUCAUCGUUGCCAACUCUAAUGAAGAGAACAUUGGUAUUUUUCUUAACUUUGGCAAUGGUAUAUUUCAGCCUCAAAGAACAUAUGCAACAGGAGUUCUCACAAAACCAUGAAUACAAUCUAUUACAAGUAAAGGUAAAUUUGAUUUUGGUCCAGAUCAAUUAGCAUCAAAUAUUUGGUAUAAACCAAAAGGUCAAUUAAUCAAUGGUCAUUAUGAAAAUAGUUAUUCAAAUUUUAGUUUAUGGUCAAAUCUUUUAUUAUAUUUACAAAAUAAUAAUGGGUCAAUAUCGAUACAAGCUUCGGAAAUUGGUUAUAUGAAGAAUGAAGCAUUGAUGAAUUUUCGUAAAAAUAAUAUUUCUGUUAUUGUAGUAUUACCUGCUUUUACUCAAUGUUAUGAUGGUACUAUAUUAGGAUUAUUAGAACUCUAUGGUGAAUCUUGA